CAUGGGUUUAUGUCGGUGAAAAAUAACACUGCUGCACUUUACAUACCUGCUGUGUCAACUUUCCAGUCAGUUAGACUUAAGCAGCUAGGCUACUUCAUCUCCAACGCAUCAUCCUUUUAAUGGGCUUUCCGUGAAAUAUCUUUUCUUUAUAAUAAGCAUUUUCUUAUUUUUCCCCAAAAUGCCUGAGUUCAUAUCAGUGGAUGAGUUUAUCGCGGAGACUUUGGAGGACUACAGCUCUCCGACUACUUCUUCCUUCUUCACCAAAAUGUCAAGUUGCAGGAAUGCCGCCCACAAUAUCGAAGAGGCCUUAGACUCUGACCGCACGAUCUUGCAGAAAAUGAAGAAAACAGCCAAAGCAAAGCAUAUCUCUGGACAAGACCACAUAUCACAUUUUGAGUCAUACAUCAAUUCCAUGGAGAAGUUGGCUGUGAAUUUCCGCAGCAAUGGAGAACAGGAAGUGGCCUCUGCCUUUAAUAAGUUCGCAGAAUUCUCCAAAGAACUGCUGACGCCAAUGAAGAACUUGUUGAAGAGUAUGAUGCAUAACAUUAACUUCUUCCUGGACUCCCUUGUAAAAGGGGAUCUGAAAGAGGUCAAAGGGGACCUGAAGAAGCCGUUUGAUAAGGCGUGGAGAGAUUAUGAAAAUAAAUUCACUAAAAUCGAGAAGGAGAAGAGGGAGUUGGCGAAGCAGUAUGGUAUGGUGCGGACGGAGGUCAGCGGCGGAGAGAUUGCAGAGGAGAUGGAGAAAGAGCGCCGAAUGUUCCAGCUUCAGAUGUGUGAGUACCUUAUCAAAGUAAACGAAAUUAAGACCAAGAAAGGAGUAGACCUGCUUCAAAACCUCACCAAACACUACCACUCUCAAUGCAAUUUCUUUCAGGAGUGUCUGGCGGCUACGGAGAAGCUCAAGCAGUAUAUCGAUGGCCUUACGGGACAGCUGAAUUCUAUCAAACACAAGCAGGACGAAGAGAAAAGACACCUCUGUUUGCUUCGAGAUCAGCUCAGAACUGCUCUGCAGCCUGAAUUUAAAGAGGAUUCUCUAACCAGACAGGCUGUAUACAGCAUGCACCAGCUUCAAGGCAACAAGCAAUAUGGUACUGAGAAAUCAGGCUUUCUGUACAAGAGGAGUGAUGGGUUGAGAAAGAUGUGGCAGAAGAGGAAAUGUAGCGUGCAGAACUGCUAUCUCACCAUCGCUCACGGAACUGUGAGUGCGGACAUCACUCUAAGCAAAUUUAGCAGACUACAGCCUAAUAAACCACCGACUAAGCUGAACCUCCUCACCUGCCAAGUCAAACCCAGUUUGGAAGACAAGAAAUGCUUUGACCUCAUCUCACAUAAUCGCACUUACCAUUUUCUGGCAGACGACGAGUCUGAUUGUUUGGCGUGGAUAUCAGUGCUGACAAACAGUAAGCAAGAAGCUCUUAAUGUGGCUUUGGAUGAGAAAAGACCAAGUGGAGAAAACAGUGUUGAGGAUCUCACACGAGCCAUUACUGAGGAUAUUUGCCGCAUGCCUGGAAACAAUGUUUGCUGCGACUGUCGGGCGCCAGAUCCGUCUUGGAUCUCCAUAAACCUGGGGAUCCUGACAUGCAUCGAGUGCUCAGGGAUCCACCGGGAGAUGGGUGUGCAUUAUUCACGCAUUCAGUCACUUGCUCUGGACAAACUGGGCACUUCGGAAUUGCUGUUGGCCAGAUACGUGGGAAAUUCAGGUUUUAAUGAUAUUGUGGAGGCCAAUCUUCCUAAUCCUUCAGUGAAGCCGUCAGCAGACAGUGACAUGGCUGAACGUAAAGACUUCAUACUCUCAAAGUAUAUGGAGUGGCAGUUUGCUCAGCGUACUGGCGGCUCACCUGAAACGAAACGUAAAUGUCUCCAGGAUGCUGUGCGCUGUCGAGAUGUUUUCAGUCUGUUACAACUGCAUACGGAGAGAACAGACCUCAGUCAACCACUGCCAAGCCCCCUACAGGAAAAGGGGGAGACUGCACUACACCUAGCCGUCCUGUUGGUUGACAGGACGUCGCUCUAUGUGGCUGACUUCCUGUUCCACAAUUGUAAUAAUCUGGAUGCACAGACUGUGAAGGGAAAUACGGCUUUACAUUACUGCUGUCAGCACAAUAGAACUGAGUCCCUUAAACUUCUGCUCCGAGCCAAGGCCAACACACAUAUCAAGAAUGAGAAUGGAGAGACGGGGCUGGACAUGGCUCGUAGACUGAAGCACACACUGUGUGAGGAGCUGAUCCACCAAUCACAGACCAACCAGUUCAACAUGCACGUGCACGUGGAAUAUGAGUGGAGAUUACGGCAGGAUGACCUUUAUGAGAGUGAUGAUGAUCUUGAUGAAAAGCUGGGUCCGGUGAAGAAGGAACGCUUAGGACGGCCGUUCAGUCUGUAUCAGAGUAGCGGCGCUUCUCAGGGAGCUGGAGGAGGGGGGCUGUUUAAUGUGGGUCGGAGGCUGGCGAUGGCACGGGGAGACAAUAGGCGCGAAGUUAACACCGUUCCCAGCUCUCAAACCCGCAGCCUUGACAGUCCACCACCACCGCCCCCUUCAUCACCCGCACCUCCACUUCCACCCAGAGUUAAAGCUCCAAACAUCCCUCCUCCUCCUCCCCCUCCUUUGAGCUCACCUGACGAGUGGUCGUCCAAUGAAGUUAGCAGCAGUAUGAAACGAACCCCUCCUCCCCCCCUUAUCAUCCGACACAAGCGCACCUACUCUGAACCUGCUCCUCAGGUGCCGCCAAGCCCCCACUCUACACGUCAAGGACCAACAGAUUACGGAGCCCCUGCAGUUCCGAGAAGCUUCGGUGGUCCAGAUUCACCUUUCCAGAAGUGUGUCUCAGGGUCUCCUAAAUACUCCGCCUCUGUUCUCAACUCCUUAUCUGAGCUUCCAGAACGAGGCUUUCGAGCGGACGGGGAGAGCAGCUCCACCCACUUCCUUUACCAAACCCCGCAGUCUACGAGCAGGAACACCCCAGCCCUCUCUCCCACAUCCACACACACAUUCAGUUUUGAGUCUAACGGCAGCUCUGCCACCUAUGCUGUUCCUCACGCAAUGUCCAAGAAAACUCUGAAGUCAAAGCUUAGACGUGCGAAAGCCAUGUACGACUGUGUGGCUGAUCAUCAUGAUGAACUCUCCUUCAAUGAGGGCGAGGUUCUUGUGGUACUGGGAGAGGAAGAUGGUGAAUGGUGGCAUGGCUACAUAGAGGGACAGCCUGACAAAUCGGGCUUAUUUCCAGCAUCGUUUGUCUCAUUGCUUUCCAAAUGAAACCUGCCAAAGGAGCUGAAAUCAGAAUGGUUGACUACUGCCAAAGCACCCUGGGAGAGGGGGUCUCGAAUCUACCCGCAGAACAAUCGGUAAUGAACAACCAGCAUAACAAAGCAGUGUUCACAGGCCCUUCUUGAGCACUGUGGGAGAUUUACUGCUGUAAUGUUGUUCGGCACACACAGCUUCAUAGUUUGCUGUUGAUCGUGCCCUUCGCCAUCCACUGAGGGUAAUAAAGUUGGCUUAAACUGAA